AUGACAGACUACAAGACACUCAAAGUCACAGACCUCAAAGCAGAACUCAUAAAACGCAAUCUUCCACAAUCAGGCAAGAAGGAAGACCUUGUUGCGCGUCUCCUUGAAGAUGACAAGACACCCGCAACGACGACCGCCACAACAAGCACAGAACAGGCUGGUAUUGCUUCAUCUGACGCAGCAGUCUCUGUGCCCUUGCCGGAUUUAAGUGCAACCACAGCAACAGCAGCAACAGCCACGGAGGCAACAGAGACGAAAGAGACACAAGCAUCCCUCGAGCAACAAACGGCUGAAGUUGAGGCAAAACUUCGUGCUCGCGCCGCUCGAUUCGGUUUAAGCGUGCCAUCCCUCCCGUCACCCGUCACGGGCGAACAAGCGUCCGCUGAAUUGGAGAAACGGAAACAAAGAGCCGCUCGGUUCGGUAUACCACUGGCUGAAGAGGUGGCAUUGCAGAAACAAGCAGAACGGUUGGUGAAGGGAUCCGUACCAACGCAACCAAAGGGAGAUGCGCGGAGAGGGGAGAAGCAGAGUGGCGGUGGUUUACAAGCACAGCAAAAAAGACAACAAAAGUCGCAAGGUGAGAAGAAGCAGAAGGAAACGAAGCGGACGGCGAGUGUAUUGGAUGACCCCGAAGAAGCAGAAAAGGCGAGGAAGCGUGCCCUCAAGUUUGGGAAUGGUGCCGCAGCGACUACGCCUGCAGCAACGACACCAGCAGUAUAA